AGAUUAUUGCGCGGCCAUGGCACCAUGGAGAAAAUAAUGGAGAAUUUUAAACUAGAUUGAGAAGCUUUUCGAACGUUUCCUGUCUUAUGUACUCGCAAGUUGCUCCACCAGAUAGUAUUUCAGAUUGUCACAUGCAGAAUGAGGGAAAAUGCAUUGCAGAAAAUCAGUUUAGAGAGGACAGGCAAGAGUUAGAAAAUGGACCCUUGGCAGAAAAGUCUGAAAGUGAAAAGCCUGCCCAUGUCUCGGAGGAAAAAUGGCUGGUAUACUAUAAUAAACCACUAUUUAGAUGCAUGUAUUUUAAUAUAAUAUGUGUUAUGAAACGGAAUAACCGGUUAUUGCCAAAUUUUCAAUAAAACAAAAGCAUGCACACUUGGGGAGGCCGGGAGGGGCAAGGGUCCCAGUGGGUGACAAGUUGUUAGAAGUUUAUCCCCCUACCCCCCCCCCCCUCAUUUGCCCUAAAACACUUACUAUUUGUGGGGGAGUGUGGAUCUUUUCUGGAACGACCAGUGUGGAAAGUUUGUAUUGCGCGGCUGAGAUAUACGGCACACAAUUUUGAUGCUUUCUAUGUAUUUACUAUUAUAUUUUUGAAAUCUCAGCCGUGCAAUUUCCAAACUUUCCAGUCUGUGGAACGAGCCAUUGUGUAGAUUUGCAGCAACAGAAGAGUUGUGUUGACGACCUCCGUCACCUGAGUUGUACCUGGGUCAUUCUAGAAAAUAUCCAAGCACACCCCACCGAGUAAAUGGGAAUUAUAACUACCAGUUUGCACAUGAUGAUGUGUACAUACAGUACAUAUGUCCUGAUAGAUUGCUUAUUAUAACAUGCGUGCAUGUGAGGAUAAAAAACCAACAGUGUUAAUAUUUUCAUUUUGGAAUUUCUUAGAAAUUUCAACAAUUGAAAGAAAGGCGGCAGGAAGCAUGUAAGCCAUUGCCAGAAAAAACGGGCCGGAAGCGUGGUAGAUGGAGAGUUGAUAAUGGUCAGUGUUUAAUAUGCAUGGUCAUACAUAUUACUGGAUUAGGGUAGUGGUGGUUUAAUGUUAGGCUAAAGGCCUCCUGCCGUUAACUGAAAAGGGGCUCCCUUGGCCUAGAUGGAGUACUUUGGGUGCAGAGCCCUGGCACCAUUAAAAUUUGGCUGUACUUCAGUUUAUGCAUUCAUUAAAGGGUAUACAAAUCAUAGACAGGACUUUGCACAGUCUCAGCACAGUUGUUCAAAGAUAGGGAUUAUAUUCUCAUCUCUACGAGAAGUUAUGCUACUGGGAUGGGGAUGGUAACACUCGACAAUUUCCAGGUUGAUGGUACAUUGUGGUUUAAUCAAUAAGUUAAUUCUCAUUGAGUUAAAUUCAUGAAUAUCAAGUGUGGAUUAGGAAUACCCCUCCCCUUUUCAAUGUGCAGUGACGAGUAGGGUAUUCGGUGGUUCAGGAUAAAAACCGAAAAUUGUCUGGAGAAUUAACCCGACAAAAUAAUUUUAUAAGUUUUUGUACCUACCUGUACUGUCUUUGCAGACAUCCACCUUUUGGUGAACUAAUCAAGCGUGUGGUCUGCUUUACCUGGUUAGCUUCAAUGCUUUGUUUCAGUAUUACUGAGUUUCAAACAUUUCUUUAUUUUCCUAUAUUUACAGAUGAUGCCUGUAGUUCAUGGACAGAAAAGAAAUCUAAAGGGUAUUGGAGGAGUCUGGAACAAAAUUGAAGCUAAAAAUUUCAUCAGCUGCAUUGGUCACAUUUUGUUAUUUCCACAUUUCAUUCACAUUCUAAGUUAAAUUUAUUGCUCUUGUAGUGAAAUGUUGAAGGACAACAGAAAAUCUUGGAAAGAACUUUGUUCCAAUAUUGAUGCAAAUGUUCAUCUUACACAAGAUAGUAUAGCAAAAGAAAAACCAAAGGUAUAAAUUAUGUAUUUUUAUUGUCUCAAUAAAAAUUACAGUAGUUUUAGAUGCUCUCAAAGCAAUUAAGUCCUUGCAUAGUUAGUGCUGUGCAAAGUCCAGGUUUUUCACCUCCGGCUCCGGGAAAAAAAUUUCUGGCUCCGGCAGAAAAUUUCCAACUCCCGCAAAUUUGUGAAAAUUUGAAAUUUAAGGGAAAUUUCACAUUUUAAAGUGGAAUACAGCCACCUACGAGUCACCAGUGCCAAUAUUUGCUCCAGCAUCUGAAAUAAAAAAAUUAACACUUCACAUGAACAUUUCGUACUAUGCAUGAUGCAUGCUAUUGGUUGCGCAAGACAAGCAGCAGUCGCUUCUUACGCGGUAUCAAUGCGAGUAUUUACUUUUUCCUCGAUGGAUUCAGGUUUUUUCACUGAUGUCCAACAGUAGUUAAGUAGUUUGCAGCACAAAUAAGUACACUAUUCAUAGAUGACGAUCAGAUAUAAAAUAAUGUGGUUUCAGAGCCCAUUAAGCGCUUACCUUAAGCAUUCUGCCCUUCAAAAGUUAAAUCAUCUGGCGUUAGACAGAGUUAGACAACUUAAUGUUUAACUGGACACAUUGGCAGAUAGUCUGAUUAACCCGGCCACUAAGCUCAGUGAAGUCCCUUUGAUGAGUAAAAUUGUCUGGUGUUAGACAGAGUAAAAUAAUAAAAUAGGGUGCGUUUGGGUGCAAUGCAACUUAAUGGGUUAAAGUUAAACUGUCUAAUGUCUAUAAAUUUAGGCAAUAUGAAAUGCUACAGUUUCUGCUCCCUUGCUAUUCUUAAUCUUUGUUUUGACAUUUUUAAGUACAUAUCUUCUUUGACCUUCUUUGAAUUUUCUUACCCAUAUUUACAUUCAGUGGCGUAGCCAGCUCACAAUUUAGUCCCACUAUGCAAAUUCAAAAUUAUUAUCAUUAUUCAUUUCUUUAGAAAUUGAUUGUUUUCACAGUCAAUGAACACGAAAACAUUUGCAUAGCGGGACGUACUAAAUCGUCGGACUGGCUAUGCUACUGUUUACAUUCCUUACUCCUCUUUGACUUUUUUAUACUUAUUUGACCUUCAUUGCCCUUUGAUAUUCUUUGAUAUUUCUUAACAUUUCUUUUGGCCUUUUGUUGCCCUUUUUAUCCUAAAUGUUCUGUAAUGCGUGUCAACUCUGGGCCCACUAUAGUAAGAACAACAUUUUAGCCAUGAAAGCCUAACAUUCUUUUGGUUAGGGCAAAAUUAAUAAACAUCAUAACUCAUAUUAAAGUGCAUAUGAAACGCAAACUUUUAUAAUUGCCUUAUUUCAGAGAACUAUAAAAACUAUAGAGUAACGUCUUUUGCAAUUUUUCGUUCCGUUGCUUCGUUUUCGAGACAUUUCAGUUAGUUUGAUAUACGUAUCAAGGUUUCUACGUCACAAAUAUCCAUAAUGAGUUUGCUGAAAAUGUUACAGUAUAUAUUCUUGCUAAUAUGUAAUGAAAUUACUAGAGAAUCCAGGUAUUUGAUGUCGUAGAACAACACAAAUGCACACUAUACUUCUAAAGUGCGAUUUUGCUUGAUAAUAGCAAGGAUAUACAAAUUAUUCUGACAACUUAUUAUGCAUUUUGUGACGUAGGAACCAUGACACGUAUAUCAAACUAACUCAAAUAACUUGAAAACGAAGCAACGAACGAAAAAAUAUAAAAGAAGUUGCUCUGUAGUUUAUAUAGUUCUUUUAAAUAAGACAAUAACAAUUUUCGUUUCGUAUGCACUUAAAGCUCACGCAAUAACUUCAAGACAGGUUUGCUGCUUGAACAAUAUACAGCACUGUAUAGACUAACUGAAAUGUUUUUAAGAUAUCACUGCAAAAAAUCACUGAGUAUUUUAAGUAAAAUAAUGAGUGGUUUUGAGUGGUUUUACUCAAUAUUUGAGUGGUUUUUAUUUAAGAGUCAUCGUGGGUGCAUUGUUUUACGUUUCCUGUCGAUAGGGAAGGCAGUUAAGCCAAGCGUUAAGACUUAAGUCGUCACGAAAAUAUUUCGUGCACUUAAAUCAAUGCCUCUGGCAGAGGGAGAAAAUGUGGUGGAACUGUGGAACUAGGUUCCCAGAACAUUUUGGACAAUUUGUUAUCUCACAGAAAAUUUUGGAGAUUAAACCAUUGAACUGUAAAGUAAACUGGAAGGCUAACUCAGGGUUGGGGGGUGGGGGAUUGAAGCCAGUGCAUUUUAGUUUUUCUGAGUUAUGAGCAGAAAUACUCAACACAGAACGUUGUGCUGUCUAUGAAGUUUCUGUUGAAGUCUUGAAAUUUCCACACCGAAUAGAAAUUUUCAAUAGCUACAGUUUGCUAUAUAGCCCAACGUUUAGGACCAACAUAACUCAGAAAAACUAUUUUGGCUUCAGCAAAUCAUAGGCCUUCAUCAUAGCAGUUAGCCUUCCAGUUUACUUAUAGUUCAAUGGAUUGAACUACUAUAUACGUUUCAUAUUUGGUCUGUUCAGCAACCCUAGUCUGUUACCACAAAACACAAGGAUCGUCGCAUUGUUAUUCUUUUGCGCUCUCCUUUUACAUUUAAUUGACGAUUCCCCUUAUUACGUUUUCGUAGCGCUUUGCAUUGUGGUUAUAGUGGUAUCACUGAUAAAGAUAGUGGCCUCGAAUGAAAAUAUUGAAUGUUUUCGCGAAUAUUUUGCUCUUGGCUAUCGCGCACCUGACCCUACCUUUUUGUAAAAGAUCUUGCACGGGUCAGGACAAUAAAUAAGCCAUCUUGAAUAUCAGCUAUACCACUAUAACCACAAUGCAAGGCGCUACGAAAAUGUAAUAAGGGGAAUCUAGUAUUGGCUUGAUGACUAAUAUACUCCCAGAAAAUUCUACGUACUUUUAGUUGGUUCCCAGAUAGAUAAAAAUAUUUUCGCCCUGUGGGCUCUGGGUACGAGAUUGGCACUUAAAUUGGAUAAGACUCGCUACCAAUCCCCGUUGACUCGACGGUCUAGAGCCCCGAAGAUGCGAGACAACGAAUUUUUCGUUACUGCACUGUGAGAAUAAUAUGAAACUAGUAUAAAUAUGGACUUCAAUGAUGGAUUCUUGCACUUCACUUGGUGGAAUUAAUUUAGAAUGUUAGGGUUUGUAAUCCAAGUGAGAAUAUAUACAUUUUAAGACCUAACCAGGAACGACUGCGAAAAAUGCAGCACAAGGUCCUCUGGUAGGAAUUGAACCUACGGCCCUGCGAUUCCGGUGCAGCGCUCUACCGGAAUCGCAGGGCCGUAGGUUCAAUUCCUACCAGAGGACCUUGUGCUGCAUUUUUCGCAGUCGUUCCUGGUUAGGUCUUAAAAUGUAUAUAUUCUCACUUGGAUUACCAACCCUAACAUUCUAAAAUAGUAUAAAUAUGGACUACAGUGCCAUCGCACUCCUUGCCUAGUUUUAAAAUUAGGGACCGGUCAUUAUUUAUGGCGGGGGGUGGCACCGAAGAGAAAAGGGUUGGGUAAACUAAAUUUUGAGUAACUAAAAGGUUGGGUAAAUGAAAAACAAAACAACUCAAGGGUUGGGUAAUAAAAAGGUAUUGUCAUUUCCAAAGCAUGACUCACUUAAAUAUUCGUUCACUGCAACCAUGUAUAUCAAUCAUGUUUCGCUCGCUACUCUGGUUUCCGAUUUGUUGGGAGACAAAUUGUGCCUCCAAAGAAAGUACAUGUACAUACAACAUGAAAGUUUAGUUAUCAAACUUGUGUCACAGAAGUGGUAAAGGACAUGUGUGGCAACUGAAUGGUAUUCUUUUGUAAAGGUUUUGGCCAGGGGUGGGUAUUUAUUUUUUAAUUGAUAUUUGAGGUUGGGUAAUCAAAUUUUUUGCUUUUUAAUGGUUGGGUCAGCAAAAUUUUUCCCAGGAAAAACAUUUCUCUUCGGUGCCACCCCCCACCAUAAAUAAUGACCGGUCCCUAAUGGGAAUUGUCUAUUGAAAAAACUAACUAGGAAAAUCAAUUACUAACUAGGAAAAUCAAAUAAGCAUAAUUCAAGAUCAGUGAACCCAAUGUUUUUAACAUUAAAAGUGUUAAAAAAUGUUGAAAACAUUGAAAUCACUGAUCUUGAAAUUAUGCUUUAAUUGAUUUUCCUUGGUUAGUUUUGUCAAUUAAAAGGGUUGUAAUGCGCCUUAAAAACCAUCAUUCAAAAGGCUGAACUGUUGAAAUUUACAGUGUAUACUUUCAUCUCGUAGUCUAAACUAGAGGAACAGCUUGAUGCGGCUAUAAAAGAAGGGAAUUUUUCGAAAGCGGAGAAACUGAGUGAUGAAAUAUCUCAACAAGAACUAGGUGUAAAGAUUGCAGACGCCAUCGAAAUGAGAGAAUACAAGAAACAGAAAGAGGUGGAAGAGAAAUGGAAAAAUUCAAAAAAGAAAAAGAAACUACUUUGGGGAUUUGAACAAAAGGAAAGAUGGGAAAGCAAAGGGAACAUGUGAAGACAUGGUGGUGGUCAGUGGUAUGUAAGUUGCGUUGUGUGAAACAGAAUAACUAGAGUCGUGUUUACACUAUACCUGGCGCGUUUACACCAUUACACUAUUUUUUUGAGACUGGCUCACUUUGGUCUAGAAUUUUGUAAUUAAUUUUGUGUAUUUUUAUGUGUUGUGACGUUGUCCGCUGGUUGUCCGCUAAUCUCUCACUGUGGACAUACGUUGCCAUGAAAAUAAGGCCCAGGCCAGGGCGAAAGUGUUUACAUUUCCACAGGCCUAGGCCAGGCCUAGGCCACCGGUUGUAGUGGGCCCAGAUUUCCUGGCCUAAGUCUAGGCCACCGGUUGUAGUGGGCCCAGAUUUCCUGGCCUAAGUCAGGCCAAGGCUAGGGCAAAGUCUGUUUACACUGUCAAAAUGUAGGCCAAGGCUGGUAGUGUAAACACUACUUAGUCUUAAGAGAGCUCAAAUAUUUGUACAAAUCAUCAAUAUUGUGCUCACAACCCAUACACUCGAAACUGUAGAUUACAUGAGCACUAAACAAUGAUGCAAAGUUGCAAACCACUUUUAUUCAAUUUUAAAUGAAACGUUUAAUGAAAUAUAUACAGGGUGUAUCAAAAAAAACUGAACAGAUUUGAAAUUGCUCUCAAUUUCGCAAAACACCUAUUUGUAUCUGUUUUUUAUAUAUAUAGCUUCUUUGGGUACUUAUAAUGUAAAAU